AUGAAUAACAAUUACUCUAACAUAGAAAAUAAUAAUAAUAAUCAAGAUUUUAAAUCAAUAAAUGAUAUAUCACAAGAAGAUCCUAUUAUUACAGAACAUUAUCGUUUACAUCAAAAUGAAUUAGCAAAAAAGCUUGGUGAAUAUCUACUUAAAGGUUAUUGUAUGUUAUUUGAUACUUGUCAAAUUUGUAAUUGUAUACUUCUUCGUACACCUGAUCAUCAAUUAUUUUGUGUUGAUUGUCAUGAAAUUGUUAUUGAAAAUAAAGAAAUUGUAAUAACAAAUAAGAAAAAAGAUGAUAUAAAACAUUCAAUAAAACGAAAUGAAUAUAUUAAUAAUUAUAAUCGACUUGAAAAUAAACUUAAAUGGGCCGUUAAUGAAUUAAUAAAAACUCAAAAUCCAAAUCGUAUUAAUGAAAUGUGUAAAAUUAUAACUAAAUUAGCACAAACAAUAAAAACACUCAAAACACAAGAAAUAACAUAUAUUAAAAUCAUGGUACGCAAAGUUGCAAAACAUGUGGCAAGAAAUAAGAAAAAAUAUUGGAGAAAAAUUUCAACAAAAGAUAUUGAAGAUCAAUUAGAAGAUGUUCGAGUACAAGAAAUGACAGGUGGACGACGAUCUGAACAACCUGAUCAUGUUUUAUAUCAUAUUGAUAAUGAACGUCCUCUUGGUUCACAAUCUCCAUCAACAGAAGACAUGGAAUCAUCUUCUAUUAUUCUUCGUUCAAUACCUAAACAACGUCGAUCACUUGAUUUAAAUAAUCUUAAUUCAUAUAAACUUUUACAGCCACAUAGUAGUGUACCACCACCAAGUAUUGAUUCACGUCAACCAAAAGAUCCAUCAUCAAAAUCAACAAAACGUCUUAUUGAAUCACAAAAAAUAAUUGAAACACGUCAAGCUACUAAAAAAAAAUAUCAAACUGCAUUAAAACAACGUUCUGAAGCUUUUAAAAAAAAUGCUUUAGAUAAAGUAGAAAAAUUAGAACUUGAUGAUCCUCAUGUUUCACAAAGUUAUGAUUUAUGGAAUACACAAAAUAAAAAAAAACAAAAAGUUCAAUCAUUUAUUGGUCCUGAAUUAGCUUCAUAUUUAGAUCAAGUUCAUCAAACAUAUGAUUGGAAAGUUCCAAAUCAUAUUAUUAAAAAACCAUCAAAAUUACCAGCUAUUGAUAAACCAUUACCUGGUACAUCAUAUAAUCCUACUUAUGAUGAUCAUCAAAAUUUACUUCGAAAAGCUGUUGAUGUUGAACUUGAAAAAGAACGUAAAGAAUUAAAAUUACAAAAAAAUUUACCAACAUUAUUAACACAAAAUGCAGCAGAACCGAUUAAACAAUCAUGGUUAAAAGAAAUGUCAUCAGGUUUAUUUGAUAAUAAUAUUGAACAUGAACAAAUAUCAGAAACGAAUCCAUUGAGUUCUGUUAGUGUUGGUAAACCAGUUAAAGUUGAAACCAAAACUGUUCAACAACGAAAUAAAGAAAAACUUCAUAAGAAAAAACAAGCAUUAGCUAAAGCAACUAAAGAAAAACGUAUUCAAGAUAAUAAAUUAUUUCGAAUAAAAUCUAUUCGAAAAGAAAUAAAUACUGAAGAUGUUAAACAUAAACAACGACAAGAUAAACGAAAGAUUGAUUAUGAAAAUCGUGAAAAAUAUGGUACGAAAAAAUUUGGUAGAUAUAAAUUUGAAGAAGCUGAUUUGGAGUUAAAUUUAUCUGAUGAAAUUACUGGAAAUUUACGAACAAUGAAAACUGAAGGUAAUUUACUUCAUGAUCGAUUUAAAUCAUUACAAAAACGAAAUAUUAUUGAAACACGUAUUCGAGCAAAACCAACAAAAACAAAAAUGAAAAAAUACGAAAAACGAUCCGUACGAGAAGUUGGAGAAAAUUAUCGACCAAAAUAA